GCUUGGAAAACUGCAGCCAGGAGGGUGGUGGGGAGUGUGCGGAAAGGCUACGGAAACCGGAAAGGCCAAGGAGUAAGCUGGCAAGCGUCAACCAAGACCAAAUGGAAAAGACCGCCCUGCCUCCAGGCCCAGUGUGGUACAGUGCGCAGGCGCGGCGGUGCGCCUCCGCGGCCUCUGGGCCUCACUGCGCAGGCGCCCGCGCGGCGUGGUCGCCGGCGUGAUCCCCAUGGAGUUACUUUAGCAGAACCGGCACCUCCGGGAGCAUCCAGGAUGAGCGGCGUGGAGGCCGACCGCUGGGCGUGGCUGCUGGUGCUUAGCUUCGUGUUUGGGUGCAAUGUCCUCAGGAUCCUCCUCCCUUCCUUCUCCUCCUUCAUGUCUAGGCUGCUGCAGAAGGAUGCUGAGCAGGAGGCGCAGAUGAGAGCAGAGAUCCAGGACAUGAAGCAGGAGCUCUCCACUGUCAACAUGAUGGAUGAAUUCGCCAGAUACGCCAGGCUGGAGAGAAAGAUCAACAAGAUGACGGAUAAGCUUAAAACUCACGUGAAAGCUCGGACAGCUCAGUUGGCCAAGAUAAAAUGGGUUAUAAGUGUUGCCUUCUAUGUAUUGCAAGCUGCCCUGAUGGUGUCGCUCAUCUGGAAGUAUUACUCUGUCCCCGUGGCUGUGGUACCGAGCAAGUGGAUCACUCCGCUAGACCGCCUGGUAGCAUUUCCUACUAGAGUAGCAGAGUCUUCUCUUUCAAAGCUGCUUCUUUGUUUUUUAGUUAAAACACAGUUUGAUUGCUGCGGACGUUCCCACAUACAUGAGGUGUGUGGGCCUUGGCUGCUGACUUGGACUUACGAGCCGUGGAGUCCCACAAGGUGAAGAUGACUGAAUAGAAUUUACCACAGUUACUUUAGAAUCUCCAAAAGCGUUGCUGGCGGAGGCCUGACUAGGAGGUAGAUGGUGCAUCUUCUUACUUUCCAGAGUCUCGUCAGCCUGUUUAGGAGCAGCCGUGCUG